AUGGAGCCAGUGAGACUUGUGCGAGCGGUUGUGAUUUUAGUGGUCAUUUUCGCCAGUGGCUGUGGAGCUCACAUCCCGUCAGGUCCCGCGUUGAAAAUGGACCAAGCUUUGUUAAUAUUUUAUAACCAGCUGCCCCAAGAUAUGGAGGUCUUGUACACUUCAGAUUAUUGCUAUAAGUGUGUGUACCAGCGUUUGGUCCAAGUGAAAGCCAACCAGCAACACGUAUCUGCAGUCAUCAGCACCAAAUUCACUUUGAGCAUGCAAUUGGAGUCCCGCAAGAGGAAUGCAACACUUUGCAGAUGGAGUGAGACAUACGAGGAGGGUGGUCACUACUGUGUUUGGAUCCAAAAGUCAGAUAACAGCAACAAUGUCACCUGCAUUCACACUGUGGAUAAAAGACCACACAAUUCCUACAUGCCUAUCCUGGUUGCUGCUCUCUCGCUGGCGAUAACCGCUCUCUUAUUUGUUGCGGCACCCUACGUACACAGAAAGUGUCGAACAUCGAAGUUUGCAAAGGCCAUUUGCUGCCAAAAGCCCCAGUACUCACUGGAUCAUGACGAAGCGCAUGCUGAAGACGCUGAGGGCAGUGCCACCAAAGUGAAACCAACACGCCUGCAUUCACUGGACACAUUUCGUGGGUUUGCCCUCACGGUGAUGGUGUUUGUCAACUACGGUGGAGGAGGAUACUGGUUUUUUCAGCAUGCACCAUGGAACGGUCUGACGGUGGCAGAUCUGGUCAUGCCAUGGUUUGUCUUCAUCAUCGGGACUUCAGUGGUGUUGGCGUUCAGAUCCAUGCAGAGGAGAGGCGUGGGCCGCCUGCAGCUGCUGCACAAGAUCACGUGGAGAACUGUGGUCCUGCUGAUGCUCGGCUUCUGCUUCCUCAACUACUCCCCGCGAGAUGGACCACUGUCAUGGUCCUGGCUCAGGAUCCCUGGUGUGCUACAGCGUCUGGCCUUCACCUACUUUGUCCUGGCUCUGCUGCAGACUUUAUGUGGACACAAAGAGAAUGAAGAAAAAGCAGGUCAAUGGUGGUCCCCUAUUCUGGAUGUGACGCUGUACUGGCCCCAGUGGCUCAUCAUCAUUCUCUUGGAGACUUUGUGGCUGUGCGUCACCUUCCUCCUGCCUGUACCCAACUGUCCCACAGGGUAUUUAGGAGCUGGUGGAAUUGGAGAUAAUGGUCUUUACCCAAACUGCACUGGAGGGGCGGCGGGAUACAUCGACAGGUGGAUGUUUGGUGACAACAUGUACAGGUACCCCACAUGCAAAGAAAUGUAUCGCACCACACAACCAUUCGACCCAGAGGGGAUUCUCGGUACAAUCAACUCCAUUGUGAUGGGAUUUAUGGGAAUGCAGGCAGGGAAAAUCAUCGUUUUCUACAAGGGGAAGAGCGUCCACAUCCUGUGCAGAUUCCUAGUGUGGGCCAUCAUAUUGGGAAUCUCGGCAGCCAUCCUUUCUAAGUGCACGCGAGACGAAGGAUUUAUACCUGUCAAUAAAAACCUUUGGUCGUUGUCCUACGUGACCUGUAUGGGCUGUUUCUCCUUCCUGCUGCUGGGAGGCAUGUACUUUAUCUGUGACAUCAAGGGCUGGUGGGGAGGCCAGCCAUUCAUAUAUCCAGGGAUGAACUCCAUCUUCGUGUACGUCGGACACUCUCUCCUGGGCUUCUACUUCCCGUUCAGCUGGGAGAUGCGCUUCCAGGCAAGCCACUGGGAGUGGCUCUUCCAAAGCUUAUGGGGAACUGCAUUGUGGGUGAUUGUCGCCUACCUACUAUACAGGAAGAAUUUUUUUCUCAAAAUUUGA